UUAGCAAAGCAUAUUUAUACUCCCAUCUUUCUCCUCACUUGUUUUCUCCAUCUCUUUGAGCUCGCCGUCUUCUCCUCCUUAGCACUACUUUCCCUUCCCCAAAAUGCCGAAGCAAAUCCAUGAGAUCAAGGAUUUCCUUCUGACAGCCAGAAGGAAGGAUGCCCGAACUGUCAAGAUCAAGAAGAACAAGGAUAUGGUCAAGUUCAAGGUUCGCUGCUCCAAGUACCUCUACACACUGUGUGUGUCUGACUUUGAGAAGGCUGACAAGUUGAAGCAAUCACUUCCUCCAGGUUUGAGCGUGCAAGAUCUGUGAAGAAGGAUUUAUGCAUAUCACAGAGUUUCUAGGCAAUGGAGAAUUUGAAAGAACUCAUAUCUUUGUGUUUUUUGCAAUGUCUUGCCUUUUGGCAUGUCUAAGAUUUAAGCGUUUAGAUGUUAUUGAUUAUUGCAUUACUUUUUACUCAUAUUGACACUAAUGUUGAGUCUUAAUGAAUUUUGAUUGUUAGAGCCAAAGUAAUGUUUCAUGCCUC